GAAGAUGUUUGGCGUCGCCGGUUGGCAGUGGAGGAUUUGACUUUCAAGACCAUGCAUUGACCAAUGGCGUGACGAACAUUCUGGCCUUUACAUGGGCAGGGAAGCAUGAGAAGUUCAAACUGGCAGGCGCAAAUGCUGAGUGCCGAUGAAGCUAUGCUGGGAAGCAUUCCAGAUCGAGAAGCUCCUUUGCCCUACAUCCCUAAGGCUGGACUUUGUUUGCCUCAGCAGAGACCCCGAGUGAACGCGUAUGACGACUUGAUUUUGCACCACCCUGCUGUUCCGCGUGCCUGCUCACCUCUAAUGCAGGAACAGAGAUUUGAGGUCCUUGGUGAGGCCUACCCGCGCUCAUUCACAGUGAGCCCUCCCCAGUCUUAUGUUGUCAGACCGCAGUAUCCAAACUCUGGCUACAUUGACUCAUUCAUCCCUUCGGCAGCGCCUGUCGUCGCCACGCCUCCGUACGAUGGGUGGCCAGAUGCACAUUCUCAGGCAUCCGCUGCAGCUUACCCAUCGUAUGAUCGAAGCUAUCCAACCACCUCAGGAGGUUCUAGCUCAAGCAGCAUCACGGCAGGAAAUGAAAAAGUUGAGACCAUGCCGAAAUAUCUUGGAGGUGAGCAGACCAACGCCGGAUGGAGAAGUGCUUCAGUCCCAUCACCGAAAGCACCGCCAAUCCGCUCUUUGGUAACAUCUGCACCGUCUCCCCUGGAGCCAGAGUGGCGAAGUAGCGAGGUUUGGUCACGUGCAAGCCCUGCACCUUGCCCUUUGGGAUGUACCAUAGGGCGUCUCCGCGAGGUCCAACCUGGAUUUACAGCAGCGACUAUGGCCCCGGCACAGGUGGCUGCUGCCUCCGGAUAUCCUACUCAAACUUCGCCCUGCAUAUCGCCGUGUGCAACGCCGCAAUCUCCAUGCAGAGUACUUGGCCUUGCGGAAGCACAGGCGCAGACUGGGUCAAGAUCUGCAACUGUGCUCCCGCUGUACACAGCCCCAUCUUCACCCUGUCUAUCGCCGUGCGCAACCCCCCAAUUGCCAUGUAAACCGGAGUUCUAUGUGGAUGCACAGGCUCCAACUGGGUCAAGAUCUGCAGCUGUGCUCCCGCUGUACACACCUCCAUCUUCACCCUGUCUAUCGCCGUGCGCAACCCCCCAAUUGCCAUGUAGACCGGAGAUGUAUGUGGAUACACAGGCCUCGGUGAUUCCUGUAUACACGGCUUCAGCUUCACCGUGCAUAUCCCCAAGUGCAACCCCACAAUCAGCAAGUAGACCUGUCAGCUGUAUGGUACCCGUUGUUCCUGUUCUUGCAGCGCCGGUUCCAACUACAAGCUACAUAACUCCCUGCGCAACUCCGCAGUCACCAUGCAGACCUGUCAGCUACAUCGCCCCACAGG